AUGUCGCAGGCCCUCACUGCCAUCCUGCUCUCCCUCCUCUCCGUGGCUCUCCAGGGGAGCCCCCCGGGUCUCCCGUCCGACCCCUCCCUGGAGAAUGCCAGCACCAUGGGCCUGGAUUCAGUGUGCGGACGCCCACACGUGUCAGGCCGCAUCGUGUCUGGGCAGGACGCCCAGCCGGGCCGGUGGCCAUGGCAGGUCAGCCUGAGGGAGAACAGACAGCACGUGUGCGGGGGCUCCCUGCUCGCCGAGGACUGGGUGCUGACUGCAGCCCACUGCUUCGACCAGAAGCAGCCGCUGUCCAGCUACCUGGUGCUGCUGGGCUCCAUCUCCUCCUACCCCCAGGCCGGGGACCCCCAGGAGCUCCACGCGGUGGCCCAGGUCAUCACGCACCCCGAGUACUGGGAGGAGAACAACAGAGCGGACAUCGCCCUGGUGCGGCUGGCCUCACCUGUCACCUUCAGUGGCCACAUCCUUCCGGUCUGCCUCCCCAAACCUGGAGACCCCCUGGGUCACGGCACCUGGUGCUGGGUCACCGGCUGGGGGAACGUCGCCACGAGCCUACCGCUCCCUCCGCCCUUCACCCUGCAGGAGCUGCACCUGCCCCUCAUCGACGCCCAGACGUGUAACAGCUACUACCUGGAGAGUCCCGGCACCGUGGGCGCGGGGUCCGCCAUCCUCCAGGACAUGCUGUGUGCCGGCUUCGAGAGCGGCCAGAAGGAUGCCUGCGGGGGUGACUCGGGAGGCCCCCUGGUCUGCGACAUUGGUGGAGUCUGGACCCAGGCAGGCGUUGUGAGCUGGGGAUCUGACUGCGCCCUCCCAAAAAGGCCAGGGGUGUACAUCAACGUCAGCGUCUACACUGCAUGGAUUGCCAGCACCAUCCGGGGCUCAGCCCCGGACACCAGAAACUUCUCUCCAAGCCGUGCCGGGCUCCUCUUCCCUGCCAUGCUGCUCAUUCUGUGUCCACUGGUGGACGCGCUGGUCUCCCUGGGCCUCGCCUAACCGGGCAGCCAGCCUCGCGGCCACAGCCAUGUGUGCCCUUUCCCUGUGGCUGCCAGC